AUGGUCCGAUUAAGACUGGCGCUCUUCUCGUUGACUGCCAUUGCCAGUACAUGUACCAUCAGCACACAAGCCAUCGACUGGACCUUUUGGAACGAUGACGACGAUCCGACUCCUUCGCCAGCGCUAUCCGAUACUAAGUACACAGAGACCUUGUCUCCAGCAGCGCUCACAAACAUGAUGGGGUCUGAUUAUCUGGAUCGUGUCAAGUCUGUGAUUAACUCUGGAAUGGGAUCAAAUUCGCAUUCGGAUUCCGAAUCGAACCCGUUGUUUGAUGCUGGCUCGGCUUCCGCUCCGCCUACUGCUUCAGCUUCGUCUUCUGGCUCCUUACUCGAUUCGGAUGACACGUCAUCCUCUGCUUGGGACUUGGCAAUACCCUCCAUGGACGAGAUCGCAACGCCUUCAACUGCAGUUACCAACUAUAAAUCUACCUACAAAAACUGGGUGGGACCUUGGACUCAGUCCUCGGACGCAGCUUGCUACCGCGAGGCUCAUUUCAUGAAAACCUGUCCGAGUAAUUACGACCGCAAUGAAUUGACCAACACGUGCUGGACGGAGUGUCCAAUGGAUUAUCCUGUGGAGUGUGGCAUGCAGUGCAUCCAACAAAACAAUGACUGCGGUCGUGAGAAUGCCGCCAAGGUUUCUGCUGUGGCCAUGUCUGCCUUUAGUAUGGCUACGUUUGGUGUAUUUGGUCAAUUGGCCAAGUACGGAAAGCACGUGAGCUGGGCUGUCAGAUGUGCCAACUACAUGAUGGUCUUUGUGAGAGCAGUCGUCCGCUUCACUCGUAACCAAAUGGUGCUUGAUCCACAGACGUCACAGGCGAAGCUCCUGCUGCUGUUGUAUCAGACGAACUACGUCGUUAGUGACCUCCCGGCUACCAUCUACGCGUGUUCAGGUAGAAAAGUCCCACCCGGCCUUCAGCUAACACGGCGACUCAUUCGUACGGCUCAGCUGGUUCUCCAGCUCGUGAUCACCUACGACGACGAAAUUAUUGAAAGCUGGGAGAAGUUUAAAGCUUUCAUGAAGAAAGCCAACUUCACGGAAGCGGCUGAUCAAAUCACAGAGGGUGAAAUCUCAAGUCUGGUGGUGGCUAUGAAGCAGAACUCGACGUGUGGUGACGACCUAAAGACAUUGACCAAUCAGGUCUGGAUGACAGUGGAUGAAUACAGACAGAAGAACCCCAAGAUCAGCGAAUUCGAGCUCCGCCUAAAGAUGAGCAAUUCGGACCUCCUUGUGUACCACAUCCCGACAGUGACGAACAACUGUAUGACUAAAAUGAUCUCCGAGUCUACAGUGACCACUGCGUACAAGACUCGUAAUACACUUCGCAAGACCUACGGAGUCAUGAUCAACGAUCUUAUCAAGUCCGGGAAGAGCGACAAUGGCUCAUCCAUGGCUGCGAAACGCCAGGCCUUAGUCUGGAUCGACAACGCUUUCACCUUACUUUCGUAUGGCUGGGAACCGACCGAUUUGUCGACCCUUUUCGGGGAAUACCUUCAAACUAUCUGCGGUCCCACUCAGUUCAUGGGUGAGAUCGAUGAUGGCAAGGAACUCGCAACUCUCGGAAUGAAUGCUCUUCACAAGGCUUUCAAGAAUAGUACGUUAUCUUGGACCAAAAAGGGCGACGGCGUCGUCAUUAUUAAUUUUAAAAGCAAGGAUACCAAGGACGUGACCGUAAACAUAAAGUCCGGUGGUGACAAGAUUGACGAAGUCAGUCUCAGGGCUGGAGGUACUGCCCAGUGGAAGUCGAACAUCACAGCACUUGGCGGCAAGACGCUGUACAUGGAUCGCUGGCGUCCGGGCUUCCUUGGUCUCCCUGGCACAGGCGGAGGUUCCUUGGUUUUGUGGGUGCCCGUUUCGCGCCAGGGUGGCCAUUUAGAGCUCAAUGUCCAGCUGAACGUGAGCUAG